AUGGCUGCUUCCCGCGGAUUCCAGACAAGCGCUGUACUGAGGCAGGAUACUGUUGUUGCGCCAGUGAAGAAGCCCGUUGGUGCUUUUAGGGGAGGAUUAUUCGGCUUCCUUCUCGGUGCUACCGCGUCCGGCGCAGGCAUGUACUACUAUGUCAUUGACGAAUACCGCGUAUCGAACCAGCUCCUGACCGAGGACAUCUACGCUCUCCAAUCCGCCGUCCAACGGAUAGAAGGCUACGUUCGAACCCUCGAGGACAAAGUCGAUGCGAAGAAGCGAUAA